CCUACAUAUAUUUAUCAUGUCAAUUGUAUGCCAAAAGUAUGGGUGUUAGUGCUUUGUUUCGCACAGAUGAAUAACAUCUAACUUUUUAGAGCUGAAAGAAACAUGGCUUCAACUUAUCCAAAACUUCAGCAUUAGAUGUAAAGCCGGAAAACCAUCGAUGGCACUAUCGAUACUAUCGAUAUUUUUAAGUUUUUUCAAACCAUCGAUGCUUUUCGAAAACAAUCGAACAAUCCGCACUGGCGUCACUACCACUUUGAUACAGCGAGAGAGACAUAUUAUAGAAAGGAAAUAACUGUUUGAGAAGAUUGGUGGGGUUGGAAGAGGUUGGAGAUGGAUAAAUACUUGAAAAACCCUUUAACAACUGUGGAUAACACGAUUCCAAACCUUCAAAAGGAGAUUUAACUGGUAUGGGACCAUUUUAAGAAAACUAAGGAUGCUCAGGGAGCGGUUUUCAACAGAUGUGGUAAGCUCUAUAAAACUUCUGGGAUCGCAUCCAAUUUAUUGGAUCACUUAAAACAUGCACAUCCCGAAUAUCUGGAAGCUGAAAAGGUUGCUCCUUCCACUAGUUUGGAACGGUUCCUAAAAACUGACCUCACUUAUAAAAAUGGGUCAGCAAAAAAAAAACGGAUCUGGACAAGGCAGUAAUGCGUAUGAUCGCGCUGGAUGUCCAACCCUUUUUUUUUUGUUGAAGAUAGGGGAUUCUGCGAUUUGAUUCGAAAGCUAUACCCGAGGUACAAGGUACCCAGUUAAAGCCAUCUCAGAAAUGUUGAUCUUCCACGUGAAUAUGUAGGCUUAAAAUUGAAGUUGGAGGAGGAUUUAAGUUACGUUGACAAUGUAUCCAUUACUACUAUUACUAUUACUUUAACUAUAAUUACUAUUGUUGGACCUCGCGUGCUAAUGAGACGUAUCUCACUUCACUUCAUUAACGAAUGCUAUGGACUUAAAUCAGCAGUUUUGUCGACGCAUAAACUUGUAGAUGCAACUAACCACUGCGCUAGUAAUAUUGCGAACUCACUCAGCGCCGUUUUGAAUGAGUGUAACCUUUUUAAUAAGGUAGUAACGAUUGUAACAGACAACGACGCGUCUAUGAAAGAAAAGUGCGAAUUAAUGAAAAUGAAACAUUUACCUUGUGUCUCACAUACUUUUAAUCUAUUAGUGCAAGAUCUUCUAAAAAUAGAUUCUAUAGUGCCCUUACUAGCAAAGUGUAAGAGAAUCGUAUCGCUUUUCAAAUCGAGUUCAAUCGCAACAAAGAAACUUAAAAAUGCACAAACUUCUAAAUCACGCUAUGGACUUAUACAAGAAGUUCCAACGCGUUGGAAUAGCGCGUACUAUAUGAUUCAACGGAUUAUUUUAGUAAAUGACUCGCUUUCUGCAUUGCUUCUAAACUCAACCAAAGAUCCAAGACCAUUAUCAGCGGACGAAAUGUUCGUUCUGGUUGAGAUAUGUCAAGUUCUAGCUCAGUUUCACGAAGCCACAGUGCAGAUAUCGACAAACAAAACUCUUUCGAUUUCCGUAAUAAUACCUCUUAUUUAUGAGUUGCACCAAAAAUCAUGCAAAGUAUACAGCCAAGUAAUUUCACACCCUGCGCUUGAUAUUUGCGAGGCAGUAAAAAAACGAUUGCCAGAGCGUUUCUCGCAUUACGAAACUCGGACUGUUACUAGAAUUGCUACAUUACUGGAUCCCAGAUUUAAAAAGGACGGUUUUUUGUUUACAUCGAACUCAGAGAAAGCCGCGAAAGCUUUGCAGUUGGAGUUAUUUUCAAGUUUGUCCCGAGUUCUUUCCACACCUGAUAUUUCAACACCACCAAACACUCCACAAGAAAAAAGAAACAGUUUCUUUACUUUUUUAGAAACUAAAAUUUCAAAUAAAGUUCACUCAAACAUCAGAAUGCUCUUGAGGACAUAUUUUGAGGGACCUAAUGAGCCAGAGGAUAAGGAUCCCCUUGCUUAUUGGAUGGCAAACAGUGAGAGUCUGAAGCCAAUAACCAAACUUUUUUAAAAGUACCUGUGCAUUCCGGCCAGUUCAACAGAAUCUGAAAGAACUUUCAGUAAACCUGGUCGGAUUGUAUCUGACCGCUGAGCUUCGCUUAAACCAAAAGUAGUAGAUGUGCUACUUUUUGUGAACAAAAACCAGAAACAAUGAUCUCUUGUUGUCUUAAUAUGAAUAUAAAAAAAAAAUAUUUUGUUAUUACUAAAUAUUUUGAAUACUGUGUUAAUUUAAAUAAAGUUUGCAUUGAAGCAAAUAAAACGUU